GCAUCCAGAGUGGACGGAGCUGCGAGCGACCCGGCGCCGGGUCGGGGAAGCGGCCAGCGGCCGGGCAAGUUUGCCCAGCGCCCAGCGCUGAGGGCAGGGGCUUCCGAGUCGUCUCCCCCGCUGACGGCUUCGGACCCGACCCGGGCUGACGCCGAGGCAGGCGUCCGCUGGUGGAGUCGCGGAGGAGCGAGGCGCCGCGGCCUGAGUCUGUCGCAGGGAUUUUCGAAGUGUGCAUGUAACGAACAGCAUCGCAGCCGGCUUUGAGCAGGCUUCCCCUCGCCUUCCAGGGGACCGGUGUGAGAGAGAAUGACAUUUGGAGGCAGACGAGUUGGCAUCAAGGCCCUGCUCCUUCACUUACGGAUUGUGUGAUUUGGAAAUAUCUAUGCAAGAUGCUGGGGUGGCAGACAUGUCUGAUGCAAGCCUUCUUCAUCUUUCUCACCACUGAGGCCACAAAUGUACUUGUAAAUACAUGUGGCCACAUCACCCCAGAAUCUCCGCUUGUACAAAUUGGUUCUAAUUUCACAGCAGUUUGUAUAAUAAAGGAAGAAUGCAUGAAAAAAUUUCAUGUAAAUGCUAGUUAUAUUGUCUGGAAAAUAAACCAUUUCACCAUUCCCAAGGAACAGUAUACUGUCAUCAGCAGAACAGCAUGCAGUGUCACCUUUACAAAUAUAACGGCAUUAAAUGCUCAGCUCACUUGCAACAUUCUUACCUUUGGACAAAUUGAACAGAAUGUUUAUGGAGUUACACUGAUUUCAGGAUUGCCUCCAGAAAAACCAACAGGCUUGAACUGCAUUGUGUAUGAGGAUAAGAAAGUGAUGGUGUGUCAGUGGAAUCCUGGCAGGGAGACAUUCCUAGACACAAACUUCACUUUAAAGUCUGAAUGGGCAACAGAGAAGUUUGCUGAUUGCAAAGCAAAACGUGAGGCCCCUACUGUGUGUGUUGUUUAUAAUCCUGUGUAUUUUGUGAACAUUGAAGUCUGGGUAGAAGCACAGAAUGCCUUUGGGACUGUUGCAUCAGAUCAUAUCAAUUUUGAUCCUGUGGAUAAAGUGAAGCCCAACCCACCUCACAAUUUAUCAGUGAGCAAUUCUGAGGAACUGUCCAGUAUCUUAAAGUUAUCCUGGGUCAAUCCAAGCAUUAAGAACGUGAUAAGACUGAAGUAUAACAUUCAGUAUAGGACCAAAAAUGCCUCAACUUGGAACCAGAUUCCUCCUGAAGAUACAUCGACCACCCGAUCUUCAUUCACUGUCCAGGACCUUCAGCCUUAUACUGAGUAUGUGUUUAGGAUGCGCUGUAUGAAGGAAGAUGGUAAGGGAUUUUGGAGUGACUGGAGUGAAGAAGCAAAUGGUAUCACAUAUGAAGAUAGGCCAUCCAAAUCACCAAGUUUCUGGUAUAAGAUGGAUCCAUCCCAUACAUCUCAUAAUCACGGCUAUCGAUCUGUACAACUCAUAUGGAAGACAUUGCUUCCUUUUGAAGCCAAUGGGAAGAUCUUGGAUUAUGAAGUGACCCUUACAAGAUGGAAAUCACAUUUACAAAGUUACACAGUUAAUGACACAAAACUGACAGUAAAUCUUACGAAUGAUCGUUACAAAGCAACUCUGACAGCAAGAAAUCUGGUUGGCAAGUCAGACCCGUCUGUUUUGAUUAUCCCCUCCUGUGACUUUAAAGCUACUCGCCCCGUGGUGGAUCUUAAGGCGUACCCCAAAGAUAACCGGCUCUGGGUGGAAUGGACCGCUCCAGGUGAGCCUGUGAAGAAGUACAUCCUGGAGUGGUGCGUGCUGUCGGCCAAAUCGCCCUGUGUCCCGGACUGGCAGCAAGAGGACGGAACCGUGCAUCGCACCUACUUAAGGGGGAACCUUGAAGAGAGUAAGUGCUACUUGAUCACGGUGACCCCUGUUUACACAGACGGGGCUGGGGUCCCCGAGUCUGUGAAGGCGUACCUCAAACAAGCGCCACCGUCCAAAGGCCCUACUGUUCGGACAAAGAAAGUGGGGAAAAACGAAGCUGUCCUGGAGUGGGACCAACUUCCCGUUGAUGUUCAGAACGGCUUUAUCAGAAAUUAUACUAUAUUUUAUAAAACUACCAUUGGAAAUGAAACUGCCGUGAACGUGGACUCCUCCCACACAGAGUACACCCUGUCCUCCCUGGCGAGCGACACCCUGUACAUGGUGCGCAUGGCGGCCUACACUGACGAGGGGGGCAAGGACGGGCCAGAGUUCACCUUCACCACACCCAAGUUCGCCCAAGGAGAAAUUGAAGCCAUAGUUGUGCCUGUUUGCUUGGCGUUCCUGUUGACGACUCUGCUGGGGGUGCUGUUCUGCUUCAAUAAGAGAGAUCUAAUUAAAAAACACAUCUGGCCUAAUGUUCCAGAUCCUUCUAAGAGUCAUAUUGCCCAGUGGUCACCUCCCACACCUCCAAGGCACAAUUUCAGUUCAAAAGAGCAGAUGUAUGCGGAUGGCAAUUUCACUGACGUAAGUGUUGUGGAAAUAGAACCCAAUGACAAAAAGCCUUUUCCGGAGGACCUCAAGUCGUUGGACCUGUUCAAGAAGGAGAAGAUGAGCGCCGAGGGCCACAGCAGCGGCAUCGGGGGGUCCUCGUGCAUGUCGUCAUCCAGGCCCAGCAUUUCCAGCAGCGACGACAACGAGUCUGCGCAGAACACCUCCAGCACCGUGCAGUACUCCACGGUGGUACACAGCGGCUACCGGCACCAGGUCCCCGCAGUCCAGGUCUUCUCCAGGUCCGAGUCCACGCAGCCCCUGCUGGAUUCCGAGGAGCGGCCAGAGGACCUGCAGCUGAUAGAGAACAUGGAAGGCAGUGAUACCAUUUUGCCCAGGCAGCAGUAUUUCAAACAGCACUGCAGCCAGCAGGAAGCCAGUCCAGAGAUUUUGCAGUUUGAAAGGUCAAAGCCUGUUUCAGAGAUGGCUGAGGAAGCUUUUAUUAGACUUCAACAGCAGCAGUUCUCCAGUCUCUCACAGUCCUCCCCUGGAGGCCACAUGAAAAUGUUUCCGGAAGUCUCAGCAGAUGUGUUUGGUCUGGGGACUGAGGGACAAGGGGAAACAGUUGGGGUGGCAGCCGUGAUUGAUGAAGGAAUGCCUAAAAGCUACUUGCCACAGACUGUCCCGCAAGGCGGCUACGUGCCUCAGUGAGCCUCCCUGGGACGGCGGCCGCAGACCUGCAAAGCAAAACUAAGCUGUGAUUUCCGAGAAGAAAUCCUCUUCACUCCCUGGAGCCCGUUUGCCCUUGAAGACGAGUCUUACCUUGGGCUGUUUCCAUUCCAGAAUAUCUGGGAUUCAACGUCAAGCACUACAUGAACUGACUUCAUCUUCCACAGAGCUGACUGAUUCUGUGCUUUUUCAGGAUGGUUGCACUGAAGAAAAAGAGCCCGUCUGAAAUUUAUAAAGUAAGUUUCUUUUGCUACAUGAAGAGUAUUUGAACGGUAAGCAGCGAUCAGCUUUACUGACUUUGUGAGAGUGGUUAUGA